UUUUAUUUUUUCGAGAAUCCAUGAUAGGCGGUCAUGUGGUAGAGCUUGAAAUAUUUGAGUUAUUAAUUUUUUUGUGCAGAAAAAUCGUUCGAAAGAAAGAUAGGUUUUGGAUUCAUGCGGAAGAAUUGAGUGGAAAAUUUAAAUGCAAAUAUUGUUCUAAAGUGUACUCGGGUGGUGUCGCAAGACUCAAAUCCCACUUAUCUCAAGUUUCAGGACGUGAUAUUGAGACAUGUGAUAAAGUACCACCAAAUGUACAAACAGAAGCAUUCAUAGCUAUAUGUGGAGAUCCUAGUAAAAGAGCUAAGAGUACUGGAAGUACGAAUGUCAAUGAGUCUGGAGAGAGUAUCGCAGUUUCUGGUUCUAGAUCAUUUGGAGGAACUAAUCAAAUGACAAUGCAUGAAGUUUACAAGAAAAAGAACAAAGAAGAAGUUGAUCAGUCUCUUGCUAAGUUUUUUAUAAUGAAUAACAUUUCUUUUAAUGUUGUUCAGUCAGAGUCAUUCAUUGACCUUAUAAAAGAUGUUGCAAAUUAUGGCUCUGGUUAUAAAGUACCAUCUUAUUCAACACUGCGAACAAAAUUGAUUCCAAAUGAAAAAAAGGAAGCCGAGACAUAUGUUGGAAAGGUGAAAUCCUCAUGGUAUUUGAGUGGCUGCACCAUUAUGUCAGAUGGUUGGACUGACUUGAAAGGAAAAGCAUUCACUAAUGUUAUUGCCUAUUCACCUGGAGGUGCGAUUUUUAUGAACUCUUUUGAAUGCUCCAAGGAGAGAAAAACUGCUAUGUAUCUUAAAGAUAUUUUAUCAUCUGUAAUUGAAGAUAUUGGGCAAGAUAAUGUUGUCCAACUAAUCACUGACAAUGGUAGUAAUUUUCUAGCAGCAGGCGAUAUGCUUUUGGGAAAGUAUCCAAGAAUGUACAAGACACGAUGUGCGGCACAUGGCUUACAAUUGCUCUUAAAAGAUAUAUAUAAGAAUGCUGAAUGGGUACGAAUUGUGAUUGAUGAGGCGAGGUUGAUUGAAAAUCAUAUGUACAAGCACACCGUUCUCUUGGCAUUGAUGCGAGAAGCUACUCAGAAAGAAUUAAAGCAUCCUUGUAUUACAAGAUUUGCUUCAAAUUUUCUUGUGCUGCAAUCACUUGUGGAUGUUGAGAAUGAAUUAAGGCUUUUUGUUGCUUCUGCUGAAUGGAGAGAAAGUAACUUAAACAAGAAUCGGCAAGCAAAAAAAGUAACUGAGUUAGUCCAAAAUAAUGAAUUUUGGAAUAGAGCAAAGGAGGUCCUACAAGCUUUAGAGCCUAUUGUUCGAGUCCUACGUUUAGUUGAUGGUGAGGGAUCUACUUCUGGAUACUUAUAUGAUGCUAUGGAAAGAGCCAAAGAAGCAAUCAAGUGUCGCUUGGGUAAUAAUCAAAAUAAAUUCAUGCGCAUAUGGGAGUUAUUUGAUGAAAGAAGAAAUGGAAAUAUUAUACAUCCUAUACAUGCAGCUGCAGCUCUUCUGAAUCCAGCUUAUAUGUGUCGUGAAAGGUUUAGAGAGAGUCGAGAGAUGAAAGAUGGCAUAGGUUUCAUGUUUGAGAAUUUAAUUCUUCCCGAGGAGAAAGAAGAUUUUUUAAAACAAGUACAACUUUAUCGUUCUAGAUCAACUUUAAUUUUCAAUUCUACGGCGUUGAUGAUGUUAAAAACCUCACAUCCUCGAGUUUGGUGGGAUUAUUGUGGUGAUCCACUUCCAGUGCUAAGAAAAUAUGCAGUUCGUAUUUUAAGCCAACCAUGUAGUUCUUCAUCUUGUGAGAGAAAUUGGAGUGCCUAUGAAGCAGCACAAACAAAAAAAAGAAACAGAUUAUCUUCGGAAAUGUUAGAUAAUCUUGUUUAUACUAGAAUGAAUAUAUUAGCAAUGAAAAAAUGGUCAACUUUGGAAUCACAAGAUUUGGAGCCUAUUAAUUUAGAAAAACUUCAUGAACUUUCGGAGUAUAUAGAUGAUGGAAAAGGCGGAGAUGGAGACGACGGCGAAGAAAUUGAAGAAACUUCAUUAACUAACCUCGACCUUUUGUGGUUAAAUCAAGAGUUGGAGUUCGCUGAUUAUAAUUACUAAAACUUUAUGUGCUUGUAUGCUCUAUGUUUAUUCAAGCUUUUAUGUAUGCUUAUAUGUGGAAUUGUGUGCUUGUAUGCUCUAUGUUUAUUCAAGCUUUUAUGCAUGCUUAUAUGUGGAAUUGUGUGCUUAUCUGCUCUAUGUUUAUUCAAGCCUUUAUGUAUACUUAUAUGUUGAAUUGUGUGCUUGUAUACUCUAUGUUUAUUCAAGCCUUUAUGUAUCUUUU